AUGGGGGAAUUGAAUGGGCAAGGAGCUAAGGCCCAGGGGGGAUCCCGAGCCAAGGUGAGCAGCCGCCAGCCGGACCGAGGAUAUACCGACAAUCACGUGCACCAUCCCACCUUGAUGCGCGACGUCAAUAGUGGGUCCCUGCCGAUUGGUCGCGGGUCGUUUUUUGGCGAUGACUCCUUCAGCGCGCAGACAAAAAUAUCAAGAAACGGGUUAUUGAACCGGCAUUGGUCCCAGUUUCUACGCUCUCACACCCCGGCAUCUCUUGCUGCAGUCACUUGUCGCAAUCGAGAUACCCCGCCAAAUCACUUCGAGAUGCCCCACGCUGUGUCGAUGCCCUCACCAGGGCUUCAAGCCUUGGUCCUUUGCGGCCCGGGAUCCUCGUUCCCGACCUUCACUUCGAAUCCCGAUGAGAACCCCAAAGCGCUCUUGCCCAUUGCUAAUCGGCCCAUGGUCUGGUAUCCCGUCGAUUUCUGCUAUCGUAUGGGCAUCACAAUCAUGGACAUUAUGAGGCUGACUACUGUAGACAUUACUCUCAUCUGCCCGGCAUCUGCAGAAGCAGCAAUGACCACUGCCCUGAACACCAACCCUCACUUGACAGCACUUCCCCUGCCGAGACCAGACAUCCUUGCUCCCAAGGAAUUGGACCAAACCACAGGUACGGCUGAGAUCCUCCGCCUGCCUGAGGUCAAGGAACUUGUCAAGUCCGAUUUUGUCGUUCUUCCCUGCGAUCUCAUUUGCGAGGUCGCCGGCGAGAAGCUGCUGCAGGCAUGGAUGGUCAAGGGCGCAAGCAUGUCAGACUUGCUGAGUGCACCAAAGUAUUCAGGAAGCAGACAGAGCCCCUUCAGCGGCGGUUUGGGCGUUUGGUACGAGACGAAGACGGCAACUCCGGUCAAAGGAGAGGAGACGGACUUCAUCGCAGUAACACCGUCGACUCCCUCCCCCGUUGCGCCCCCUAAAGGAUCUUUACUCCCUAACCUCUCCAAUCUGGUGACGUCCAUACCCACAGACUCGCUGAAGGAUCUCAUGGAGACACGGAGAGGCUUCGCUGUCCGUCAUGGUCUCCUGCGCAGCCAUCCUCGGCUGAAGAUGCUCACGACCCACAGAGACGCGCAUUUGUACAUUCUACCAAGAUGGAUCAUGGACUUUGUUGACAAGAAUGAUCGUUUGGAAAACAUCGGCGAAGAUGUCAUUGGCUGGUGGGCUAAGGCAACCUGGCAGAAGGGUCUUGCGGAAAAGCUUCAACUGGACGAGGUUCUGCGUAAGGAAGAGGCAGACGACAGCGACGACGAUGAUUCACUGCAGGAGAGCGCCUCGUCGCCCCAAGACGAAGACCCUGAAGAGCUGCGACCCAGCAGAGGCAUUGACGAUAAUGCUCUCGAUGGUAAAGACUUUGACGGCACAAAUCCUAAGGGAGCUUCGCUCAACGUACCACCGAUUAUCGCAUAUGUACAUCCUUCUGGAGCCGACGCACCCAUGAUACGCCGUGUAGACACAGCUCAAUUACUCCUAAACGUAUCACUACAACUGGCUAAGGUUCCCUCAGUGGAAGAGACUGGUAGCGAGGCCGCAUCCCCCUUCGCACACGCCAAAAAGGUGGCGUACCCUGAGGGCGUCAAGGGCCGAACGACAAUCACCAAGGCCGACAGCUUGGUCGGAGAGAACGUCACAGUGGAAGAGAAGGUGGCCAUUAAGGAGUCCGUUGUCGGAGCCGGCUGCCAGCUCAACGAGGGUGCCAAGCUGUCACAGUGCCUACUGAUGGAAGGCGCCGUGGUGGGCAAGAACUGCAAGCUUACGAGAUGCAUUCUUGGCAAGCGCUGUGUCAUUGGGGACAACUCAGUCUUGACAAACGUCGAGGUUCAGGAGAACUUGCUGGUUGAGGCCAGGACUGAGGAGAAGGACACGAAACUCAUGAGCUCCGAUGGCUUGGAGGCUACCGAGGAGGAGAUGCAGGGAGUGCUGGAAGACAUGGACAACGAGAUCAUGGCCCAGAACGAGGAGGCAAACUUUGCUCUAGCCACCGUGGAGGAUGCACCAGUGUUCACUAGGCCGAACCCGCGGAUGAGGGACGGAGGUGGACAACUGCCGGCAAUGCGGGAUCCCCGACAAAGCCCGGAGGCGAAACGACGAACAAUCAGUAGGUACUCGAGGGCACCCGUCGUCCUAGUCGAACUCUACUCUUGGUCCGAAUCGCGACGGCGGGCUGGAAGAGCAAAGCCCACCCCGCGGAAGCAACGGGAGCCAGGAACCGCUCUCACGCGUAACGAACGAAGUGGAACCUUCGCCCGCCUGGUCCACGACAAUGGCAUUCCUGAAGCUCGUGUAAGUCCCCCAAAGGCUCUAGCCAGCUCGUCAGGGGCGAUUGUCUUGGAAGCUUCUGGCUCGAUUGGGAAUUCCAGAGAGGUUCGAAGGGCGCAUUCUAGCAGGGAGCUGCUUGCAGAAACUACGGAAGAGCGUCCGAAAACCCCUCAAUUGGAACGGUCCAAGGUAAUGGUUUCAUCCCCAGAGUUUCCCCUCUCCUUCCGGAUAGCUGCAGAAGAGGGCGCAAUCGCGAAGAACAUCCUCCCCCUUGAUCUCCUAACGCCGGGUAUGAAAAGCGCGAGAGAUUCGCGGCGAGAGUGGGAGAGAUGGGACUUCGGGGAGGGCCUCUGUAGAAUCAGCCCAUCUGCCAGGGGCAAACUGACUCUGCAAGGAUCACCAAUAUUGGGGCCACUCGAGAGGCCCGAGGAGAGACAUUCAGCAGAUGAUGCUACGGUCUAA